AACUUCUCCAUUUCUCUGUUGCUUCUAGGUUAUACUGUCACUAGGUUUCCCUCUUGAUUUAGAAAUGAAGGAUUUUGAAGGCCAUACCCCACUCCACUGUGCUGUUCUGGCCCACAAUGCCCUACUCCGGGAGCAGGGUUGCCAGAAGUUGACGGAGGAGCAGCAGAAAGAUCUUCAGCACCAGAGUGAAGAGCUGGAGUCCUGUAUCCACCUCCUGGUGCAGACAGGAGCCUCCAUCUACAGCCGGGAUGUAAAAAGCAACAAGACAGUUCUUCAUUAUACAGUCCAGGAUGGGAACAUCUCCUUGCUCAGAUACUUCUUGGAGCUGAAUGCUUUCAAGUCUAAGGACUUUGUCAACAACAAGGCACAUGGCAACACAGCUUUGCACAUGGCAGCUGCAUUGCCUCAUGACAAGAACCAGAAAGAAAUCGUUCAGCUGCUCCUUGACCACGGGGCAGACCCAAGCAUCCGAAACUUAGACAACGAUCAACCAAUCCACAUGGCUCCCUCUGGAAAAGCUGGGGAUCAGGUUAGGCAUUUGCUGAAGAAAGGGAAAGUUGCAUCUGCAUUCAUUUCCUGUCACCGAAAUGCCAGAUCCUAGGCUGCCUGCAGUUUCUGGAAUGGCUUCAACUUCAGCUUGCUAAUUGCACA